GUCCAGGCCAGUGUGGUCCUCUACAUUAGAAAAACUUAGAGGAGAUAAAGUCACAAGCAACUCACACCACAAAAUGGGAAGCAGGAUUAGUUCAGAGAGCAAGGAGUCAGCCAAGAGAUCAAGAGAGUUGGAGAAAAAGCUCCAAGAAGACGCUGAGCGAGAUGCAAGAACUGUCAAGUUGCUCCUCUUAGGAGCAGGAGAGUCUGGAAAAAGCACGAUUGUUAAACAAAUGAAGAUCAUCCAUAAGAAUGGCUAUACUGCUCAAGAAUGCAUUGAAUUCAAAACAGUUAUCUUCAGCAACACCUUGCAAUCCAUCCUAGCUAUUGUGAAAGCUAUGACAACCCUAGGGAUUGAUUAUGCAAACCCCACAAGUGCAGAAGACCAGCAACAGCUUUGUGCUAUGGCAAACUCUAUGGAAGAUGGUACUAUGACGCCUCAGCUGGCUGAGAUAAUCAAACGACUUUGGAAAGACCCAGGAAUUCAGGCCUGCUUCGAAAGGGCAUCGGAAUAUCAACUCAAUGAUUCGGCAGCAUACUACCUUAAUGAUCUAGAUAGAAUCACAGCUCCCGGAUAUGUACCAAACGAGCAGGAUGUUCUACACUCUCGAGUGAAGACCACCGGGAUCAUUGAAACUCAAUUCUCCUUUAAAGAUUUACACUUCAGAAUGUUUGAUGUAGGUGGACAGAGAUCAGAGAGGAAGAAAUGGAUUCAUUGCUUUGAAGGCGUUACCUGCAUUAUAUUUUGUGCUGCACUCAGUGCCUAUGACAUGGUCCUGGUGGAGGACGAAGAAGUGAACAGAAUGCAUGAGAGCCUCCAUCUCUUCAACAGCAUCUGUAACCAUAAGUAUUUUGCAACCACCUCCAUUGUCCUGUUCCUCAAUAAAAAGGAUCUCUUCCAGGAAAAAGUCGCCAAGGUACAUCUCAGCGUCUGCUUCCCUGAAUACACUGGGCCAAAUACAUUUGAAGAUGCUGGGAACUACAUCAAGAACCAGUUUCUGGACUUGAAUUUAAAAAAAGAAGAUAAGGAAAUUUAUUCUCACAUGACGUGUGCUACGGACACCCAAAAUGUCAAGUUUGUCUUUGAUGCUGUGACCGAUAUAAUAAUCAAAGAGAACCUGAAAGACUGCGGGCUUUUCUAACCAACUCAUUGUAUUCUACUCUUGAGAGUACUUUGAGGCAUAAAAAGGGCUGUGUUAUUAGUUUGACUAUCAAGU